GAAUCCUGCUGGUAUGACAGCAAGGACCGCGUGGCAGCCCCCAUCUGGCACCAGCUCUCCCUUAUGAGUAUAGGAUCAAACCAGUGGAAGAGGUCAAAUACAUGAAAAAUGGGGCCGAAGAGGAGCAGAAAAUAGCAGCCAGGAACCAAGAAAACUUGAUACAUCUGUAUACACUGUCUCAUAUAUAUCCUGUUUUAUCGGUUUGGCAUUCAAAAUGAUGAGAGCAAAAGGCUGCUGGCUGCAAUGUGGAGGGCCAACUUUCCACGGGCCAGGAGUAAAGAUGAUACAUCCUGAAAACAGGAGAAGACUCAAAAAGUUAGCAAUGCUAAAUGACUGUGAAAACUCUGAUCUCAGAGGCAUCAGAAAAGUUCAAACUGUUUCAUCAAAUUUGUCAUCUAUUCUGGCCCUAGAUGAUGUUACAUUUGAAGUAUCUCCUUUAAGUGUCACUAGUAUCACAAAUGGAUCACAUUCUGAGGCCACUUCAGAACAAUCACAGGAAAAAAAUGCCAGCUCAAAUGUAAGACUUAAAACUAAUAAAGAGAUUCCUGGAUUAGUUCAUCAAUCCAGAGCAAACAUGCACAUCUCUGAAAGCCAACAAGAAUUCUUCAGGAUGCUGGAUGAGAAGAUUGAGAAGGGUCGGGAUUACUGUUCGGAAGAAGAGGAUAUCACAUAGCACCAAUUCUAUCACUCAGACCAGGAGCUACUACUGUGUAAAUAGGUUACACCCCAGUUGAAAUCUUUGCAAAGGUCGGUUCUCUUCAAUGAACAGCACUAUAGCAAAAGAAGAUCGUUCCAUAUCGUAUGCCCCAUUAAAUUACAGUGUUUCUUAAUGAACUUCAAAGGAAUAUUGCUAAAAACAAACAAAAACUGUUAUCGAACUUUCUUUGUUGCUGCUAGUUAAACUUGUUGCAACUUUUCACUUCUCUUGUGUCCAGGUAUGCAGCAAAUUCUGCAGUUUCACCUUAAAGAUACUAUUGGUUUUACAGAUGCUCUUCAACCUAUUUUCUAUAAGAUGAAGUAGUGGUGAACUCAGAUAUCAAACUUCUAGACCAGUUCUGCUUCUAAGUCAAGCAUUUCUUUCCCUGUCUCUUUCCUCCGUAUCUCUCCCAAGCCAUCCAGAGACAGCCUGGGCCUUGCUUGUCGCUCGCAGUGUUGAGCUUUGGAAAUGAGAUGGUUGCUUUGGCCAGCCUUGUUUCUCUGCUCUGAAGAGGUAGAGGAGCUAUUAUCAAUUAAAAGCAUGGUGUGACCUGACUCCUGGAGGUGACAUAGGAGCAAGCAGCAGGUUGUUCCAUCUAAUAGGUACCCUAAUCAAGGAUUAAGCUUGUAGCAUUGGCUUUGCUCAGAUGCAGAUGGAAGUGUGAUUGCAAUCAUUUUGAAUCCCUCUUCCUCACUUUUUUUUCUAAGAAAUAAACAUUUUACUGUUUUUAUGUAUCUUUGUCUUCUCCCAUUCAUCCAGCUCAGUGUUUUAAGGUGAUCUUGGAUGUGGCAGUUGAGCCCUCCUUUGCAGUGACACUGACAAGUCCUAAGUGGCUCCCCACCCUUUCCUUAAUAAUCUACCGAGGCUCUGAAGGGCUGUGAAUGGUCAGAAGAGACGAGGGAACACCCCAUGAGCUUGUAGAAGGAACUGAAGCCACCAUGUUCUUUCAUCUUGUUAGCGGAUAAAGCAUCCUGUUUUGUGAUUCUCUCCCUCCACAAUGCUACAUGAGCCUUGCCAUUUCCUCCUCUUCUUCCUACUCGAUAGUACAUUGAAAAGCAUUUGCCUACCCCAAAACUUUUACACUGGUGAUGAUAUUUGGAGAUGUGAAAGCCAAAAGCCCCUGGCAGUGGUGGGGAAUGUUGACUGUGUGUUCAGUAGAGUUUAUUUUUCCAUACUAUAUGAAGAGAAUGACCUCUUCUCAAAGACAGAAGUAAUAUUUUUAACAAAUAUUGUCUCACAAGUAAAUAGCAAUCAAAAGGAGAAAAUAACUUUUGUAUUUUUUUAACGUGUUUGAUAGCUUUGAUGAGGGUUCUCUUUGUUACUUUCAGGGGAAGGCACCCCUUUAAAUGCCAUGCCAGCAGUCCAGGUUUGAGUUUGUCCCACAGAAAUGCAGAAGGAGCGCUGCAUGGUUCUCUUUUUGGAUUGUAAACUUCAAGGGCCCGGUAUCAGCCACACUACGACCUUCCAAAAGUAGGUAGUUAAGAAGGUGAGUGGUUAAGACGUUGAGGGGAGAGGUUCUCUGCCACAAAAUGGAAUAAGGACCUAGAUUUGUUCUAGCUGAGAGGGGCCUUCACUUUUAAAUCCAUCCACAAAAUGGGUGGCACCACUGACAUGCUAAUAGUGAGUGCUCUAGAAAAUGGACUCAAAUAUGUUAGCAACAAAAUCCCUUAAUUCUUGCAGCCAGCAGCAGCUAUUUUGGGGAGCAGCUGUGGUUGUUACAUAAAUAGAGAUGCAGCCAAAAUGUAAGGCUUUUUAUCCUGCUUCAGGCAGAAAAACGCAGGGAGAGUCAAGUAGUCUAGGGUUUUUAGUUCCCUCCCCCUGUAUGGUUUUUGGCCAAGUGAUGAAAAUAGUUUUCCUCCACUAUAAACGAACUGCUAAGCCCCACCUCAAACUUGUUCACUGGGGACUUUGUUUCUUGUUAAGUGGAUGACCUUUUCCUGGAUCUCAUGUUCUUAUCAAGCAAGAAUGAAGCAAAUGUUAACGUCUUCCAUUUGACUACUCGGUGUCUCAGACGGUGUCCUCCCAGGCAGUCACCAUCCUCUGCCCGGAGAUGAAACAUGCUCACAUCAUUGUCCUCACAGUCACAUUUAACAUUUUGACAUGUUACACAUGUGCACAGAACUACAUGUUUCUUGGGACCUGACUUUUGAGUGUCUAAUAAAACCAUAAGUGUUAUUCCCACAAACCAGCGGCUUUUCGCCUGGAGUUCUGUCUCCCGUGUUUAACACUGGAUGCAUCUUUGCUGUGUAAGAGUGAUUUCCUCUUCAGACACAUUUGGUACCACUAGAAGCAGGUCUGAAAAAUGGGGCGGUCGAGUGGGUUGGCAUGAAGUGCUUGAUUAUAUUAACACUCAAAGCUGUCUUUUCCAUUUGUUGGUUUUAACCAUAAAAUUGUCAAG